AGAAAAGCGUUCAAAAUCAUUCACACCAUAGUAAGUUAGUUACAUGGCAAUAAUUUUUCCCCCUCCUAUGAAACCAUGAACAAUCCCCAAAAACACCACAGCACUGUUUGUCAUCACAAGGCAAUCAAGGGCGGCAGUGUCCCUGUUUACGUUGGCCAUGGCAACACGGAGCACUUCCUCGUCAAGCUCAAGCACAUCAAUCACCCCCUAUUUCGAAAGCUCCUGGAGCUGACCGAGGAAGAGCUGGGCUUUUGCGACAACUGCCGCCUCGUCGUUCCCUGCGACACUCACGUCUUCCAGAGUGUUAUCGCUCGCAUCGAUGCCGAGGAGAGCGGGAGAAAGCUGCGGCCCGCUGAGGAGGAACUCCUCGGCCUCUUUGAUGCCAUCCCCGGCUCCUCGUAAU